UGAACGAGGAGUGGAAGAGCAUGUUUGGAUCUCAGGAGCCGCCGUCCGCUCAGCCCGCCACGGUAACAAACUCAGAUCAGCUGAAGCGUUUUUAUCUGAUCGAUGAUUUUAGCGCCCUCACCUCUGAGGAACGGCGUGUCAGCGCGGUGUGAAAAACCGCUGACAGGUAAAUUAAAGAACAGGUGUGAAGAAGGAGGAGGAGCAAACGAUAACCACGUAAAAAAACAUCACUGAGAAAACGUUUGACCUCUGACCUCUGACCUCGUUCAGGAAAAUCUGACUCUGUCAUCUUCACAGGCUGUCGACGGUCCAGCGAGUCAGAUCAGGAAGAGCGCCAUGGCCCCGGCGCUGCCCGUGCUGCAGUCAGUGGCGAGCGGCCCCGCCUACCAGCGGCGCAUCAACACCUGUAAGGUGGAGCUCCAGCAGCUGGUGCAGCAGAAGAGGGAGCAGUGCAGCGCCGAGCGCAUGGCCAAACAGAUGAUGGAGAGCGCCGAGUGGGAGAGCAGACCUCCUCCUCCAGGUGAGAAACCGGAGCGCCGGCGGCGGCGGCGGCGGCGGAGAUCUAGACCUGCAGAGGAGCAGCUGGGUCUGAUCUGACUCGUGUAUUUCUACGUUUCAGGCUGGCAUCCCAAAGGUCUGCUGGUCGCUCACCUCCAUGAACACAAAGCUGCCGUCAACCGCAUCAGAGUCUCAGACGAACACUCCAUCUUCGCCACGGCGUCCAACGACGGCACGGUCAAAGUGUGGGACAGUCAGAAGAUGGAGGGAAAGACCACGACCACCAGGUGAGAGUCCGAGAACAGGAACCCGAUGAUUCGACGUGUGCUGAAGGUCUGACAUCAUCUCGCCUGCAGGUCCGUGUUGACGUACUCUCGUAUCGGCGGUCACGUGAAGACGCUGACCUUCUGUCAGGGCUCUCAUUACCUCGCCGUGGCCUCAGAUAACGGCUCCAUCCAGCUGCUGGCGGUCGAAGCGAACAAACCGCCAAAAUCCCCCAAAGUGCAACCCUUCCAGACCAGGUGAGAGGAAGUGACCUCAGGUGAGCGCUGGAGGACGAGGACCGCUCUCUCCUGUCUCACCUGUCCCUCCUGUCCCUGUCUCAGGUCUCUGGACCUGCAGGAGGACGGCUGUGCGGUCGACAUCCACCAUUUUAACUCCGGCGCCCAGUCCGUGCUGGCGUACGCCACCGUCAACGGCUCUCUGGUGGGCUGGGACCUUCGCUCCAACACCAACGCCUGGACGCUCCGCCACGACCUCCGCCUGGGACUCAUCACCUCCUUCACGGUGGACAUGCACCAGUGCUGGCUCUGCCUGGGUGUGUGUGUGUGUGUGUGUGUGUGUGUGUGUGUGUGUGUGUGUGUGAGAUCUCUUCAUCCUUGAGCCCCUCAGGUCCAGGUCCAGGUCCAGGUCCAGGUCCAGGUCCAGGGUCCAGCUGACAGAGGUCCUUACUCCAUUCUGUUUCAUUUACAGGAACAAGCAGCGGCACCAUGGCAUGCUGGGAUAUGCGGUUCCAGCUCCCCAUCUCAAACCACUCCCACCCGGCCCGAGCACGAAUCAGACGACUGCUGAUGCACCCGCUCUACCAAUCAUCUGUGAUCGCAGGUGAGAGGGUCGAAAACAGCUGAUUCUGUCUGUGACCACACAAAGAGACACAUGCACUGACCCGUGUGUGUGUGUGUGUGUGUGUGUGUGUGUGUGCACGUGUGUGUGUGUGUGUGUGUGUGUGUGUGUGUGUGUGUGUGUGCAGCUGUCCAGGGGAAUAACGAGGUGUCGAUGUGGGACAUGGAGACAGGAGAUCGUAAAUUCACUCUGUGGGCGAGCUCUGCGCCUCCUCUCUCCGAGAUGCAGGUACGUGUGUGUGUGUGUGUGUGUGUGUGUACAUGUGUGUGUGUGUGUAAUCUCGUGGUCCUCAGAGCAGAAACAGCUCAGAGAGAGAAAGUUGAAGCUGUUGGACGUGAAAAACAGAAACUGAGACGAAACUUGUUUUUAUAAUCGCCGUCUCACUCUCUUCAUUCAUCUGUGUGUGUGUGUGUGUGUGUUUGUGUGCGUGUGUGUGUGUGUGUGUGUGUCGCAGCCGUCUCCUCACAGCGUUCACGGGAUCUACUGCAGUCCUGCUGAUGGGAACCCUCUGCUGCUGACGGCAGGAUCUGACAUGAGGAUCAGGUCUGAACCACGACGACACAACAGUCUGAUUUUACAGCAUCAGCAGAACUUACCGGUCCCUCUGAUCCGACCCACAAUCCUUAGAGUUCCUGUUUAAACUGUUUAAACAUCUGAGAUCAAUUAUGUUCACAGACAGAAACGUGUCCGAGUCAAAAACAGUUUUUUUUCUGCCUCCCUGAUUCCUCAGAACCGCAGCGUCCCGCACAGUGACUCACUUCCUGUGAACAGAUGUUUUCCUCCAUGAUCCGAGUCUGUUACUGACAGUCUGGACUCAGAGUCUGGAGGAGGUUCUGGUCCAGACUUCCUCUGAAACACAGAGCCAGCUGCUCUCCGCUGA